CUCCCACGCCCCGGCCCCGCCGCCCGCGCCGGGGCGGCAGCCGGCAGAGGAUAGGCGCUGCAGUCCCCGGGCCUCGCGGCCCCAGUUGAGCUUCCUCAGCACUGAGGGCUUGCGGGUCCUGCGGGGAGGACGCGAGCCGGGAGCCCGGCACUGAGCUCUUGGGCGCCCCCAACCCAGUUUUCAGACCCCCUCCACGCUGCGGCCGCUGUCCCCGUCCGGACCAUGGCCGACGACGACGUGCUGUUCGAGGAUGUGUACGAGCUGUGCGAGGUGAUCGGCAAGGGUCCCUUCAGUGUUGUACGGCGAUGUAUCAACAGAGAAACUGGGCAACAAUUUGCUGUAAAAAUUGUUGAUGUAGCCAAGUUCACAUCAAGUCCAGGGUUAAGUACAGAAGAUCUAAAGCGGGAAGCCAGUAUCUGUCAUAUGCUGAAACAUCCACACAUUGUAGAGUUAUUGGAGACAUAUAGCUCAGAUGGAAUGCUUUACAUGGUUUUUGAAUUUAUGGAUGGAGCAGAUCUGUGUUUUGAAAUCGUAAAGCGAGCAGAUGCUGGUUUUGUAUACAGUGAAGCUGUAGCCAGCCACUACAUGAGACAGAUACUGGAAGCUCUGCGCUACUGUCAUGAUAAUAACAUAAUUCACAGGGAUGUGAAGCCCCACUGUGUUCUCCUCGCCUCAAAAGAAAACUCAGCCCCUGUCAAGCUUGGGGGCUUUGGAGUAGCUAUUCAGUUAGGAGAAUCUGGACUAGUCGCUGGAGGACGCGUUGGAACACCACACUUUAUGGCCCCAGAAGUGGUCAAGAGAGAGCCUUACGGAAAGCCUGUCGAUGUCUGGGGCUGCGGUGUGAUCCUUUUCAUCUUGCUCAGCGGUUGUUUACCUUUCUAUGGAACCAAGGAAAGAUUGUUUGAAGGCAUUAUUAAAGGAAAAUAUAAGAUGAAUCCAAGGCAGUGGAGCCAUAUCUCUGAAAGUGCCAAAGACCUAGUACGCCGCAUGCUGAUGCUGGAUCCCGCGGAAAGGAUCACUGUUUAUGAAGCGCUGAAUCACCCAUGGCUUAAGGAACGGGAUCGUUAUGCCUACAAAAUUCAUCUUCCAGAAACAGUAGAACAGCUGAGGAAAUUCAACGCAAGGAGAAAACUAAAGGGGGCAGUACUAGCCGCUGUGUCAAGUCACAAAUUCAACUCCUUCUACGGAGACCCUCCUGAAGAGUUGCCAGAUUUCUCUGAAGACCCUACCUCCUCAGGACUUCUAGCAGCAGAAAGAGCCGUCUCUCAGGUGCUGGACAGCCUGGAAGAGAUUCACGCACUUACAGACUGCAGUGAGAAGGACCUAGAUUUUCUACACAGUGUUUUCCAGGAUCAGCAUCUUCACACACUGCUAGAUCUAUAUGACAAAAUUAACACAAAGUCUUCACCGCAAAUCAGGAAUCCUCCAAGCGAUGCUGUACAGAGAGCCAAAGAGGUAUUGGAAGAAAUUUCAUGUUACCCUGAGAAUAACGAUGCAAAGGAACUAAAGCGUAUUUUAACACAGCCUCAUUUCAUGGCCUUACUUCAGACUCAUGACGUAGUGGCACAUGAAGUUUACAGUGAUGAGGCAUUAAGGGUCACACCUCCCCCAACCUCUCCCUAUUUAAACGGCGAUUCUCCAGAAAGUGCAAACGGAGACAUGGACAUGGAGAAUGUGACCAGAGUCCGCCUGGUUCAGUUCCAAAAGAACACAGAUGAACCAAUGGGAAUCACUUUGAAAAUGAAUGAGCUAAAUCAUUGUAUUGUUGCAAGAAUCAUGCACGGGGGUAUGAUUCACAGGCAAGGUACACUUCAUGUUGGUGAUGAAAUUCGAGAAAUCAAUGGCAUCAGUGUCGCUAACCAAACAGUGGAACAGCUACAAAAAAUGCUUAGGGAAAUGCGGGGGAGUAUCACCUUCAAGAUUGUGCCAAGCUACCGCACUCAGUCUUCGUCGUGUGAGAGAGAUUCCCCCUCCACUUCCAGACAGUCCCCUGCUAAUGGUCAUAGCAGCACUAACAAUUCUGUUUCGGACUUGCCAUCAACCACCCAACCAAAAGGACGACAGAUCUAUGUAAGAGCACAAUUUGAAUAUGAUCCAGCCAAGGAUGACCUCAUCCCCUGCAAAGAAGCUGGCAUCCGAUUCCGAGUUGGUGACAUCAUCCAGAUUAUUAGUAAGGAUGACCACAACUGGUGGCAGGGUAAACUGGAAAACUCCAAAAAUGGAACUGCAGGUCUUAUUCCUUCUCCUGAACUUCAGGAAUGGCGAGUGGCUUGCAUUGCCAUGGAGAAGACCAAACAAGAGCAGCAGGCCAGCUGUACUUGGUUUGGCAAGAAGAAGAAGCAGUACAAAGAUAAAUAUUUGGCGAAACACAAUGCAGUGUUUGAUCAAUUAGAUCUCGUCACUUAUGAAGAAGUAGUCAAACUGCCAGCAUUCAAAAGGAAAACAUUAGUCUUAUUAGGUGCACAUGGUGUUGGAAGAAGACACAUAAAAAACACCCUCAUCACAAAGCACCCGGACCGGUUUGCAUACCCCAUUCCACAUACAACCAGACCUCCAAAGAAAGAUGAAGAAAAUGGCAAGAAUUAUUACUUUGUAUCUCAUGACCAAAUGAUGCAAGACAUCUCAAAUAAUGAAUACUUGGAGUACGGCAGCCAUGAGGAUGCAAUGUAUGGAACAAAACUGGAGACCAUUCGGAAAAUCCACGAGCAGGGGCUGAUUGCAAUAUUGGACGUGGAGCCUCAGGCACUGAAGGUCCUGAGAACUGCUGAGUUUGCUCCGUUUGUUGUCUUCAUUGCGGCGCCAACUAUCACUCCAGGUUUAAAUGAGGAUGAAUCUCUUCAGCGCCUGCAGAAGGAGUCCGACGUCUUGCAGAGAACAUAUGCACACUACUUCGAUCUCACAAUUAUCAACAAUGAAAUUGAUGAGACAAUCAGACAUCUGGAGGAAGCUGUCGAGCUCGUGUGCACAGCCCCACAGUGGGUCCCAGUCUCCUGGGUCUAUUAGGCUUUUCCGUGGCUAUCUGAGUAUAAAACUGGGAGCCACCUCCUACGUGGAAAAGCCUCUUUGUUAUCGGCCUUGUGUCAGCAGGUCGUGGUCCCUAGAGACUACCUAGUUGUAGUGUGACCUACAUUUAUAAUUAUUGUCAUGUCCGAAUAGAUAAGAGGAGAAAAUCAAUUACACACUAAUUUAAAGAGACAGUAUCUUUUUUAAUCAGUUCUCCUAAACUUUAAUAAAAUGUAUCUUUAAAUGUAUGUAUUAUUCAAUCCUUUGGAAUGUUAUAUUUUUGGAAAUCAUAGCUUUUUAUUUCCAAGGCCCCUAAAAACUGCACAAAAUAGAUGCUGCUUUCUAUAAUCUAUUUUAAUAAUAAUAAACAAUGAUUCUGUUACCUUGACUGGGGGUGGAACACUACAUUCUCUUUAGAGUCUGAUUUUAUGGAUUGGAGUAUCUUUCUUUCCUUUAUUUAUUUGAAAUAAUUAGUCUAGUGAUUACAAAACAGUCAUAAAAUUUUAAAGGCCUUUUUUCUCUCUCUUUUUUUUAAGUCCUUUAUGUAACAUCCAGAUACUGUGAUACUGUCUCUUUGAAGCACCCUGUAAACCUUUUAGAGAUUUGAAGUUGGGUCUUGACUCUUAAUGCAUGUGGACAGUCGCGAGCGUUUAUGCUGUCGGUGUGUCUGUGUUGGACAAAACAAUCUGUAAUUACAGCAAAGUACAUUCCGUUCACGGGGCACACCCAGGGGAAUAAGAAUAAAUUGCUAUUAUGACUAAGUUGUAAACCUAUGCACAUCCCUUGCAUUUCGGGCAACUUUAUAAAACAGAAAAAAAAAGGAAACUGAUUUUUAUUAAUAAUAAUCAUGUAGUGAAAUGUGUUUGUAAUUUUGUCUCAAUUUAAUUUGUUGUAAGGUGGGAGGGGGUAUUGCUGGUUUCGCCAUUUCAGAUCUGUGUUGUCUAAGAGUAUUAACGUUUUAAUUAAGCAAAGAAAUGCGGAUUUUUAAUCUGUAUGUAAUUGUUUUAAGCACCCAUUUAAAGAGAAUAUACUGUGCAAUGAAGAAACCAGUUUAGGCAUUUGCUACAAACUGAAUUACUCCAAAAGAAUAAUCUAGAACAGCCCUGUAAAUUCCUUUAAAAUGAUAACUAACAGGACAGUCUGACCAUUUUUUUUUAAAUAUACUUCAUUGUAUGUGUUCAAUAAUUAAAUGCCUUUGGGUCCUUCAUUUCAUUAUAGAUUUGUUCAGAUCUCCAAGCUGGUAAUCUUUUCAGUUUUAAAAUUUGUUAGAUGCUCACUGACCCAUCAAAGGCCCAGAAAUGAGUAUCAGUUGGCAGGGCAACAAAGCAGCCCGCCUGCCAGGGCACAGCUUGGACCACAUCUGACUCGAAGGGCCACCUGUGGUCUCUCCUUCCUCUUGCUCUAUCCCUUGGCACAGGGGAGUCACCUGUCCUUGUCACUUUAGAAACAUUCACCAUCUCAUCCCCUGCCAUGCUGUCAGAUUCACUAGAGGAGCUUCAGGCUGGAGUUCUCAGACUCUUUGCCAGAGGUCACUAGAGUAUUUCCCCUUCAUGUGUAAGAGGACAUGGCAUGACUCUGGUCCUUGGAGACGCAUCAUCACUUUCAUUUCUUGCGGGUUAGGUGGCCUCCAUCACUUUGUGCCUUGGCAGAAUGUGCAAAAUGAGUUCCGGGCUGAACAGCUCCUCUUAGGCACUGAGCAGAGAAAGGCAUUUUUGCGUUCAUAGUCCUCUCCUGUCCUCAGCAUCCCACCCUCCCCAGCUAUUAUUACACUAUACCAUUUGGUUUCUGUUUGUAUACCAUUCUUUGUCAGUGCCCAGAUGGGUCACAACUUACCAAGAUAUUGUGGGAAUAACUUGUGUUCGGUCCCACAAUGGGGUGACCAAACAGCACACCAGAGACAGGCUCAACCAUGGGGUCUUGCUAGGUAGAGAGGAAACUCCAGGAGUUGCUUGGGGCUGAAUAGUGCUGACCUUGAUCCGAUGCCCUGGCCAGCCACCAUUACUGCAGUUGUACGGACCAUAAGCCACUCUUUUUAGUGGCCCAGUACUUGCUCUACCUCUUCCAGUAAAGCACAAAGAAGACUACAACCAACAUGUGGGAAACAGAACCAUCCCUCCCUCUGGUAGACUCCCUCAUGCCCCUGCUCGCUCUUGAGAGCAGCUCUCCAGAGAUGCUGGCAAGGCCUGGCUGUAGCCAUCUACCACUUUCCUACGGGUAGAAAUGAACAUAGGAAAGUGAAGCCAGCUUAAAUGCCUGUGAGCCCAGACUGAGAGAAGUAUUCUAGUACUUGGGAGCCG